UGCGAAUGAGGACGGGAGAUGCACGUCGUAGCGAUGCGGUCGUUCUCAUGAAAACUCUCUGGAAAGCUGGGGGAAGGUAGGAAGAAGGAACGUUGAGAAAAAGAACACCGAAGAACACGACAGUAUGGCUCGACGAUGACAUCACGUCAAAACUUACUUUUGUCGUAGGGGGUCAGGGUCCUUGUAUUUAUUUCUUUGAACUGCCUCGAGUGACUAGGACACCUAGGAUGGAUACAGAAAAGAAAAGGAGUGUUGAAUCAUCUCAAACGGAUCGACUUUGCCGGGUUUGUCUUGUAGCCGAGCAAAAUAACCAAUGUAUUUUUCAAGUAAACGAGAAUGACCCCAAAAACGAGAGUGCACUCGACAUGCUGCAAAAAUUGCACAUUUAUGGGGGCAUUGAGGUCCUGAAGGAUGAUGGUCUACCUCCAUGGAUUUGUACUAAUUGUAUUUCUAAGAUUAAUGCAGCACAUGAACUUAGAAUGCAAUGCCAGAAGGCAGAUGAAAAGUUAAGGGAAUUGUUUGGAAAACCUGUCAAAAAGUACACCACUGACAAGGUUCAAACAGAUCAAUGUUGUCAGACAGAUGCUUACUGUUCCGAAGGUAUUAUUAAAUUGGAACAAGAUUCAAUGGCAGGAUAUGGAAAUAAUAGAAUCUCCAAAAGCAUUCUACAUCUCACUAAUACUAAUGAUAAUAUUAUAGAAAGUAAUUGUAUCUCAACUAAACAUUUUGAUAAUAUUAAAGUCAGUAAUACAGCACUCUUGGCAGAUGUUAAAGUAGAAAUGACACAGCUACAUAAAGAGAGAUUGCCAUUCAAAAGGGAAACCUACCGUACAAGGAGAAUCUCAAUGUUUAAACGAAUGACUUCUAUGGAAAACUUAAAAAACUUCAAAGAGAGACAGAGACAGUACAUCAAAAAGAAUGUAAAUACAAAGCAUGACUCUGCUGAUACAGAUUCAGCAUUGCCUGGUGUUACAUAUAUCAGAGCACAGAGAAUUGCUAACAUAGAUUCUGAUUUGGCUUACAAAUGCACCAAGUGUAACAGGUCUUAUUCGAGCAAGAAAUCUUUGGACAGGCACUUUCUAACACAUAACGAUAAAAAGUACAAGUGUGAGAAAUGUGAUAAGCAAUUUUUUAGACUCGACAAAUUACUGGAACAUGGUAAACUGCACGAGUUCAAGGAGAAACCUAAGCCGGUGCGCUGUAGCAUCUGUGAUAAGAAUUUCCGCAAGACAGACACGAUGGUGAGACAUCUGAACGUUCACAAAAAGGCAAAUCCAAAAGAAGUGUUUGCUAUCCUUAAGGAUAUAAGGGAUAAGAGAAAGUUGGAGAAUAGUUUAAAUUUUCUUUGCGAGGAAGACAUCAAGAAGGAAACAAAUCAAAACGAAGAGAGUUGCCUUGGGAAGGAACUUAGAAAACGUGGAUCGACAUCCAACGAGGAUCAGGAUUACAAUCCAGAUUCUUCAAAUUCAGAGUCUAACAGUGAAAGCGAUUCUGAUUCAGGUGACGAUAGCUCCUUUCAUCGUUGUAAACACUGCGCCAAGUGCUGCUCUUCGGAGAAGGCAUUGCAGAGGCAUUUACGCGUGCACCAAGAAAAAAAAUAUGUCUGCAACGUAUGCAACAUGAAGUUCUUUAGGGAAGACAGAUUAAAAAGUCACAGAGAGAGGUACAGUCACGACGAGGACAAAGCUUGUUUAGAGUUACAGAAGCCACCUGAUGAUAAAUCAGCAAUCAAGUUAAUAAAUAGUUGGAUCCGAGAAGAGCUAGACUCUGACAACGAGGGUAAGGGCUUUCCUUGCAAAAUUUGUGGUAAAUCAUACGUGACUAAGAAAUCUUUACUAAAGCAUAAAGCUAAUGCUCAUGAGAGCCAAGAGGGUUGCUGUAGCAGCUGUGGGCAGGAUUGCAACUGCUCAGAGAAGUCGAAAGAGCCGGAGAAGCGAAUGGAGAAGCUCAAACCAUAUACCUGCGACGAAUGCAAUAAAUCUUUCGAGAAGGAAACAAAACUUCAGAAACACGUCCGGAUCCACGAAAGAGCAAAAGAGCAACAAGACUCAAAUUUUAAGCGCUUCCUCUGUCACAUUUGCAGCAAGACAUUCAGGCAGAAUACAGGACUGAUGUUUCACAUGAGAACGCACACGGGUUACAAGCCGCACGUGUGCAAAUAUUGCGGACGUGGUUUCACCUCGAAUUCGAAUUGCAUAAAUCACGAGAGGACGCACACCGGCGACAGGCCAUUUGUCUGCCACUUUUGCAGCGCUGCAUUUGCAAAAUCUUGCACCCUUAAGGCGCAUAUAACUACCCACACUGGUGAAGCGAAUUAUCAUUGCAAAACCUGCGGAAAAUCAUUUAGGAGACUAAAAUAUCUAAAAGAACAUCGGUUUACGCAUACUGGCGAAAAGCCGUAUGCUUGUAAAAUCUGCGGCACUGCCUAUAGUCACUCCGGAAGUCUCUUUGUACACGAGAAAAAGUGCAAGGCACAGUACAACAGUUAUCAAACAUUGCCUCCACAAAACACACAAAAUUACUGCCAAGCACAAGCGGCCUGCACCACUUCACCUGCGGUGGCGCCAAUAAUAUCAACUCUACCGGCAUCUCAUCAUUUGGUAAAUAUUAAUAACAGCUUGGGCCGUCAAGUUAAUAAAAAUUAUAUGGAGAGUAUGCAAAGAAUGAGCGCACAUGCAGUGGCUGCAGCUGCAGUCGGAAAUCCAUCCUUGCACAUGCACUCCAAUUCGGACGUCUCAGACAUGGCGUCUGCAGUCAGAAAUUUUGCUAUUAUCGGGCAGAUGUUUCAUUCUUAAAAAAAAAGUGAGAAUAAGAACUUUUUUAUUCAAGAGAACCCAAACCCUACUGUGAUAAAUAUUUGUUCUCGUAACCUGUGGCAUUUUUCGCAUUCGUUAAUAUCUUGCAAAACUCUGGGGCGCAAUUAACUCCAAGUUAUCACUUAAUCGAAAGUGUGUAAUCCUUUUUCUACAAUAAUUAUUAUGCGCAAGUAAUAUACUGUGUAUCGAAUAGAAAAUACUAUAGAGAACGAUAUUUUAUAAUUAGAUAUUCAGUUAAUAUUUUAUUAGAUAUUGUAUGAUGAAAAUAUGAUGAGGGUAUGUAAUGGUCAAAUGAAAAUUCCCAAUACCUUUGUCGCACCGAUUUCGACCGAAAAUAAAUUUUAUAAUCGUUGUACAUAA